CUUUUGUCGUCAUUUUUUGGUGCUUUUCGUCAUCGUUUUUUGGUGCUUUUUGUCGUCGUCAUUUGUUGGUGCUUUUCGGCAUCGUUUGUUGGUGCCUUUCGUCGUCAUUUGUUGGUGCCUUUUGCUAUCGUUUGUUGGUGCCUUUUGUCAUCGUUUGUUGGUGCCUUUCAUCAUCGUUUGUUGGUGCUUUUCAUCGUCAUUUGUUGGUACUUUUCGUCGUCAUUUGUUGGUGCUUUUCGUCAUCGUUUGUUGGUACUUUUCAUCAUCGUUUGUUGGUGCUUUUCGUCAUCAUUUGUUGGUGCUUUUCAUCAUCAUUUGUUGGUGCUUUUCGUCAUCAUUUUGCUUUUGGUCGUCGCUUGUUGGUGAAUUUGGUUGUUGUUUGGUGGUGCUUUUGGUCAUUGUUUGGUGAUGCUUUGGUUGUUAAUUGCUGGUGCUUUUCGUCAUCGUUUGUUGGUACUUUUCAUCAUCGUUUGUUGGUGCUUUUCGUCAUCAUUUGUUGGUGCUUUUCAUCAUCAUUUGUUGGUGCUUUUCGUCAUCAUUUUGCUUUUGGUCGUCGCUUGUUGGUGAAUUUGGUUGUUGUUUGGUGGUGCUUUUGGUCAUUGUUUGGUGAUGCUUUGGUUGUUAAUUGCUG